UUAAGGUUCACUUCCUUACAAGCUCACGACCCUCAAGUUGAUGGCACAACCCUCCCUCGAUAAUGCCUACAUUAUAAUAACACCCAAUCCUAUCGAAUCCCCAUCUUCCUCCCUCUUCAACACCGUCCCUAUUAUCACCUCUCUCCCCACCGACCUACCCACGCCAGACCACUGUGUCAUCUGCCUCGAUGUCAUUACUGAAAAAGCCAUCGCAUUACCCUGCAACCAUGCACAAUUCGAUUUCCCUUGUCUAGGAACCUGGCUGCAGCGUCACCAAGUAUGUCCUCUAUGCAAGGGAGAUGUCACGGCGAUUAGAUUCCAAGUCACAAAUGGCACUGGUGACAACGACCAAGAUGACGAGAAGAUCUUCCAUCUGCCACCGAUAGAAGUAUCGCCAGAAACUCGUUCCUCUUCACACUCCUCUUCAACCAGUACCAAUUCUCAACAUGGCGCGAUUCGCCACCGCCAAAGACCUGGUCUAGAAGCCACCUACUGGCAAAGAGAUAGAGAAAGAUCAAGAACUGGGAUACAUCCACGUCGAGGAAGAGGAAGAGGAAGGUUUCCUCCUCACACUGAGCGAACUACGCAAGAUACGGCGCUUGAAUUUCGUCGUCAAGUCUAUCGCGACCGUUUGUACGCAUUGCAUGUCGGGUCAAAUCGCAUUUCACGCUACCGGACCCUGACACCGGCAAUGUUCCAGAAUGAUUCACAUCUCGUGUCUCGUGCGAGAAUGUUUCUUCGGAGAGAAUUACAGGUUUUUGAAUUUUUGUAUCCUCGACACAGUGGUACAGAAACGUUAUCUUCGGCAUCAUCAUCAUCUUCCUCGACGCAUCCGUCAACAUCUACCCGCCGAGCCAACAAUGCCGAUUUCGUAUUGGAAUAUGUGGUGUCGAUUCUCCAGUCGAUUGAUCUCAAAGGUAGCUCCGGUCAGGCGGAGGAAUUACUAACGGAUUUCUUGGGUCGUGACAACGCUCGGCUAUUCAUUCAUGAGCUGGCCUCAUGGUUGAGGAGUCCGUUUGAGAAACUUGAGCAUUGGGAUCGGAAUGUUCAAUAUGCGACGCCAGCGUCGACAUCAGCAUCGACUUCGACAGCGACAGCGACUGGUCGUUCGGAAGAGAAACGACAGGAUCAUUCCACAAGGGAUAUUGAUCCUGAUCGUCGUGGAAAAGGAAAUCAAAGACGCGAAACAGGACUGUCAAGUCCAUCAUUGUCUUCUCGGUCUACAUUGUCGGAAGUUUCGUCUGGAGGUUCUAAUUCAGCACAAGUCCCGCAAUGGUUCUCAGAUCGCUUUGUGCUGAGUAAUGGUGGACCACGGGCGGUUGUUGAUCCUCCAUGAAGUGGCACGAGCAAUCAGUUUAAAACCCUUGGACAUGAUAAAACCUAGAGACUAUUUGGAUGUUUAUCAUAUAGCGAUGCUGUCGACUUCUGAGCGAGAGAAAACAGAAGGUCUUGACGCAGAAUAUGUACAGAACUAGUAAUAAUGUUAAACAAGACCGCAUACAUCCUACAGAGCAUGAACACAGACAUAAAUUCAACGAAAGA